AUGCGGGUCACUUCGGUUCCAUAUCGGUCAUCCAAUCUUGCAAUCCCUACAUCGCCCUUUUCUCCCAUUACUCCAGUCGCCAUCAAUAUCUCCCGACCCAGCAGAGCUGAAAGUCCCCGAUCGACGUCCCCAAAAAGCAAGAGAAAGCCCCUCUCCCCACCUCCACAGUCGCCACUGCAGUGGCUCUGGCAAUGCCACAUCUGCAAGGCAUCGUAUCCCUUGGGCGUGACCCGACGAUGCCUCGUGGACGGACACUACUUCUGC